UCAGUGGCCCGCCCCUGUGAAUGGACAUGGGCUAUAAAAAAAUUCAAACACGCCCACCUCUCCCUUCCUAUAUAAGCCCUUGACGACAAUGUAACCUCCUGUUCCGAGGACGUGAGGACGACGGUCCUAUGUCAGAAUGGUUCAGAUAAUAAUUACAGAACGAAGCCAACAUCAGCGUGAGCUUUGGUUGCGAAUGGUAUGAACUUUGAACUCUUAUUCAAUUCAGAAGUGAUACCUCCUCGCCGUUGAGUUAUCAACAGCAGAUGCAAACGAGGGUUAGGAAGGAACAGACAGCGUAUCCCGUCUAUCACACAACAACGUUACUACAACGUAUCCAAUCGACCACCAGAGACAUUCUUCAAAGGACUCGGUUUGGCAACACAGCCUUCCAUCUACCACCAACCUACCGAAGCGCAGCUCAGAAAGGCCUAGGGAGGAUGAGUCUGCCGAGGAACCGGACCCUGGAGAACGGCAUUACCCAGCUGCAAUACAUUAACAAUGGGGAACCUCUGUCUUCACUGCAAUUCCACCUCCAGAACACAGGCUCUGUGACCUCUGUGCCAGGGUCGCCUACGGGGGGGGUCAGGGGUGGUGGUGCCACCCCCGUACUCAGUAGCGGGCAGCGUGGCGGGGGCUACGGACGCCCCUCUGGAGCUGAGAGGUUCUCUGGACUGCUGGGCGUGCUCAGUACUGGUGACGGCUCAGAACCUGAUCAUCGCGCUGGUCAACAGUACACUGGUGCAACCCAAUGGCACGUCCUGUACUGUUCAGACCUGCUGGAUGAUGGUGGCUGUGUGGCCCUGCUGGUGGUGGGCUUCAUCCUGGUCACCUCCCUCCUGGUCCUGGCUCUGGCUGCCUAUUGCCGCCUGGCCCGCCACCUCUAA